AUGGAGGCACCCAAGAUUACCCCUGCCAGCGCCCAAUUGCUGGACGAAACGAAAAACGAGGGGAACAAGCUCUUCCGAAGCAAGAAGUAUGAAGAGGCUCUGGGCGUUUAUCUGAGUGCCGUUGGGCAGCUCUGCGGUGAGCCAGUCGAUUCGAUUAAGGUUCGAAAGUGCGUCCAGUUUUUUCGCGAAAAUGGGGCAAAAAAGGAGGUGGUCAUCCGUGAGGGUAACGACGCAGAUCCCCCCCAUGUGAAGCAGCACGUGAAGGACCUGUUCACAAAGAUAUGCCACAACGUGUCUUUAUGUUACUACUUCCUGGACCGGCCAGAAGAGGCAAUAGAUUACUCCUCCUAUGUAAGUGAGAUGGAUGGAAAGCACUACAAGAGCUAUCACACCUUGGGUCUGUGCUACGAGAAGUUAAAAAAUUACAAAAAGUGCGUAGAGUCUUUUGAGCGCUGUAAGGUUGUCCUGUUGAAGGAGGCCACUUCUAACAGUUGUGACAGUGCCGAGGUGAAAAACGAAGUGAACCGAAUUAAUGAGAAGCUGAAGAGGCUAAUCAGAGAAAUGGAAGAAUCGAAGCAGCAAAAGGAGGGGGUGAGCAUCACCAUCGAAGUGAUCAAACAGACAAUCCUCGACAAUGCCACCACGGAAGAGGAGAAAAUAAAAAUGAUAUACAGUAUUUAUAAGCAUAAAAUACACACCCUCUUGAGGGAAAAUAUUUUCCACUUUUUCUCCCAAGUGUUAAAUAAUGAAGGGAACUCCCUACCUAUUCAGAAGGCAUGUCUCCACGUCAUCUACAAAAUAGUGUCCAAAUUGGAGAGAGAAGCAGAGGAAACGUCGAAGAACACCAACGUGUGCAUCAACAAAGUGAGUGACAUGAAGUUGGAAUAUUAUUACGACGUUGACUUCGUGAGAACGAUUUUGUCCUUCCAUGAGUCCUUCGACGAGCAAUGGAUAAAUAGCUAUAUAAAAGAUAAGGUGAAAAAAAUGGAAACGCUCAAAUUCGAUAAGAAGAAGGAGAUCUACCAACUUGUGAAGGACAUCCUCAUCUUUACCAUCCACAUAGUUAAGUACAUCCAUGUGGUGACAAAUGAAAAAGUCAUAAGAAUGCUCAACGUGUAUUUUCUCCCCAACGACGACGUAGACAUAGCCAGCAGCGCACUUGACGCGAUUAUUUUCCUCUGCAAAAAGAAAAAAUUCUUUAUAAGCAGGAGAAAUACAAAAGGGGGGAACAAUUCAGUCACUUUUUUAAACACCUUAAGGGAUGAUGCCCACGUGGAUGUGAAGCAUAACCUGAUUGACGCCCACUUUGGUGACGUAUGUAAACACCCCCUCUGUGCCAGCCUCGAAAUUAAAGCAACCAUUCAGCAGUGCAUUAGUAUGCAUGAGAAUUUCUCCAGUGACGUGGAGUACGCCUUAAUUCUUAUCCUCUCCCUGCUAUAUGAUAAGAACAGACCGAGUGAAAAGGACACCGAAAUGAACGACCUAAUAUAUGAGUGCAUAGAUUUGUAUUUCAAACCGGGAGACAUUGGCGUGGAGUGGUUUCUCUCACUUAAGUGCCUCUUCCUGGUGGACAAAAAUAUUGUUCUAAACUACCUAAUUGGAAAAAAUCAAUACAUGUGUGACAUACUUACCUUUAUUAACCAAUCCGUGGGAAGGAAACCAAAAAAAGACGUCUCCCUUUUUAUAGACGUUUUGCUUCUACUUCUGAACAUCCCAGAGCUACGCUUCAUGCUGAACAGCUACAUCGAUCUGUACAUAAACAUUUUGAGGACCUUUCCCUAUGACGAGAAUUUUUUAAAAUUCCUCGUGGGCUCCUUCAAACUGUAUAUGCACAGUAAGGAGUUCAAGGAGGAAAUUGUAAAAAGAGUCGACUUGUUUUCCUACGCUAGGGAGUUGUUGAAGCGCUUCCUGUUGCGCUGCGAGGGGCAGACGGGCAAGCUAACUGAGGAUGGUCCCACCCGGGAGGAUCCCCCAACGGGUUUACAAAAGAGGGAGUUUCUCGAGUCAAUGCAGAAGCCCACGGAAGCCACGCACAAUGGCAAAAAGAACUGCGAAUUAGUGAGCAAAAUGACGAAACAGCAAACGAACCUUUCCUCGAAUGGCAAUGCAGAUUACGAUGCACACGCGCUGAAGGAUCUCAUCGAAAUGGUCUUCUACCUCAGCCUGCACAUCGAAUUUAAGAAGCAGCUCCUCAACCAGGACAACCACUACAUCCUCUUUUUCCUCCUCAAAGUCGGAGACGAUAUUAACCAGAAAAAGCUAGACAACACCUACAAGUACAUAUACUGCAACACCAUCAACAAUUUAACAUUAACAAGAAAAGAUGAAAAGGCUAGACGAAGAGAAAUUAACAAAGCCAAUUUAUCCAACUUUGAUUCUGAGCAAAUUGAAGCAUUGGAACAAUUUUACGAAAAGUUACCCACAGGAGCGAAGCCGAAAACUGACCCCCUCUAUGACUAUGGGGAUGAAGAAACGAGCAAUAAGCUAAUUAACCUAUUAAUGUAUAAUGAGAACUAUGUACUCAAGGUGAAGGAAAAAGGGGGCGAACAAGUUAUCCUACCCAAAGGGGGCAAGUACAAAAAUGGCGCAAUUGUUAACACCAUAUAUAAUUUUAUUAACACCAAUUUUUUUACCGUCAACAUAGCGGAAGCUGUGUGUGACAUCAUUUCCAAGCUUGUUAAGGAUACAAAAAAUAUUGGCCUCGUUGUUGUGAACAACGGAUUGAAGACACUACUGUUAGCAUCCAAACAUAUUGCUAAUAAGAAAAACUGCGCCUUAGCUUUGAGCGAAAUUUUUAUUUACACCAACCCGAAGUUGAUCCAUUUUUAUGAAGCAUAUGAUUCACUGCCACUGUUGAUUCACCAACUGGAUAGCGAAGAAGAGCUCCUGGUGUUCAAGUCCUUAAUGGCCAUAACGAAUAUAUUGACCAUCGACGAGAACGUAGCCAUUAAAGCCAUGCAACUGAAUUUGUGGAACAAAUGCUUCGACAUACUCGCAUCGGAAAAUGACUCCAUAAGGUCGGCCAGCUUAGAGUGCAUAUGCAACUUAUGCUCUCAGCCCUACGUCCAUCAGUACGUGUAUGAUAAGUAUAAAAAAAUUACCGAGGGGGGAGGAAAAGAUGAACAAAUCAAUUUCGUAGACAUACAAAUAAUGUUUUCUUUUACCAUGGAGAAGGAAAAUUACAAGGCCGUUUUUGCUGCUACGGGGGCACUUGGUAUGUUGUCCUCCGAUUUGCGCUUGCCCACAUUUUUAACACGGACAAAGGGCUUCCACCACGUUUUUAACGCGUUGAACGAAACGAACGAUGAUCAGAUUUUACUUCGCAUUUUAACCUUUUUCAACAAUGUUAUACUGGGAGAAAAUGUCCCAUCGGAUGAUGUGAAACGGGUGAGGGACGCCGUUCGGGGUAAGGCGGGUUUGAAUGGCGAGAAUGCGCAAAUUGCGCAGUUUAUUCUUCAGUGA